AUGCUCAAAGCCUUAGAUGUAAUUCUAAUACUAUCCAUGGCAAAUAUAUUUCGAGAAUUUUUAUCAGAUGCUGAAAAAGGUGAUAGUGAUUCGAUACAAAAAGCUAUUCAUCGAGGUAUCGAUUUAGAAACACGCGAUGAAGAUCAACAGACGGCAUUAAUUUUGGCUGCACGUCUAGGUCAUAUUGAAUGUGUUAAAGUUUUAGUUGAUACGAAAGCAAAUGUGAAUGCUGAAGAUGUGGAUGGAUGGACAGCAUUACUCAAUGCUACAAAAGAAGGUUAUAUUGAUAUUGUACGUUUGCUUGUCGAAAAUAAUGCUGACAUUGAACAUAGUGAUUGUGGUGGUUUUACAUCGUUAAUGUGGGCGGCAUAUCAAGGUCACACGGCAAUUGUUGAAUAUUUGAUAACAUCAGGAUCUGUUUUGAAUGUGGUUGAUGAACACGGUAUCACACCUUUGACUUGGGCAUCGGGUCGUGGACAUGUGGCAAUCGUAUCGGCAUUGCUAUCAGCAGGAGCUAAGCCGAAUCUUGCCGACAAAACUAAUACGACUGCAUUGCAUUGGGCAUGCAGACGAAAUUACACAAAUAUCGCUCAAUUACUAUUACAACAUGGUGCAAAUAUUAAUGCUAUUGGAAUGAAAAACGUGACACCGUUACUAGUUUGUUUAAAAAAUGGUCAUCAAGAAACUGCCCUCCGUCUUUUAGAAUGUCGCCCGGAUAUCAAAGUACAAGACAAAGAUGGACAAACAGCGUUGAGUUUAGCGUCAAGUCAUGGUAUGACUGACGUCGUCAAAGUACUCAUAGAACAACAUGCAUAUGUUAACACAACAGAUAAAAACGGUGAUUCAGUGUUAUUUUCGGCAGUUAAAUCGGGUAAUGAAGAUUGUGUAGCUAUUCUAAUUGAUAGUCAUGCUGAUAUUGAUAUUGUUGGUGCUGAAAAUAAAACAGUGGUCUGGUGGGCUGUUGAACGUGGAAAACUUGAAAUAUUAAAAUAUUUAUUACAAUUUAAUCCUGAUGUAGAAAUUUGUGCUGGUGAAGAAGAAGAUACACCUUUGUUAUUGGCAACUAAACGUAAACGUGUUGCAAUGGUUUAUGAACUAAUUAAGUAUGGUGCAAAAUUAUCUGCUGUUGAUAGACAUGGAGAUAAUUGUUUACAUAUAGCAUUACGAAAUCGUACACGUGAAAUUGCUGAUAUUUUACUAUCAAAUCCACGUCAUUCUAAAUAUCUUUAUCGACCAAAUAAAAAAGGUGUUACACCGUAUAAAAUUGAUGCCACAUUACAAAAAUCAAUCUUAACAACAAUAUUUGGUCAACGUACAUUAAAUCUUAAUGAUGAUUCGAUACUUGGUUACGAUUUAUAUUCAUCAGCGUUAGCCGAAAUUCUAUCGGAACCAUCUUUGCGAACGCCUAUUACAGUUGGACUUUUUGCAAAAUGGGGAUCAGGAAAAAGUUUUUUAUUAUCACAUUUGAAAGACGAGAUGAAAGGUUUUGCUCAAUUAACCGAUUUUCCAACAUUAAAAUUUUCUCCAUUACUUAUAUCAUUAGUAUUAAUUAUUGCAUUGAUUAUUGGCCUACUCACCGGCUUUAUGAUCCAUUAUAUUGUUGGAUUAGUAUUGAGUUUUUCUUGGCUAUUAUUGUCAUUUUUAUCCUUGUUUCUUAUUUAUUAUCUUCUAAAACGAAAAGAUUAUUUGUGGACAGCAAAUAUAGCUCAUUUCAUAACGAAUCGUUUGGAAUCCUUACGAUUUUUACUUCAAGUAUUAUUUAUGAAUCCACAUGGUAUAGGACGAAAACAGGGAACUGAUGAUUAUAAAAAAAUGAAAUUUAUAUUCACUGAAUAUGGCAAAGUGUCCACGGUAGAGGAUGGCAUUGGUGGUAUGAUAGCAUCAUUAAGUCAAAAUGUAGAAGAUACAUUUGGACUGAUUUCAACACGUUUGUGUCGUGUGUUACAAACAAAAGAUGAAAGCCGUUAUCGUUUUCGUUAUAUAUGUUGUAUGCCAGCCUUUGUAUUUGGUAUUAUUAUUUUUGUUCUUCUUUUUGUUAUGGCAAUAUUAGCUGCUAUUAAAGGUGUACCCAGUACUCAACGUUCUGUUAAUAUUACAUAUAUCACAUUGAUAAGUUUAGUGAGCGCAGCAUUUCUGAGUACUUGUCAUACAUGGAUUCGUUUAAUAUUUGUAUUAAUAAAAGCACCUAAAUCAAAAAUAAUUCGUUUUAAUGAGAAAAAUGAUCUAGUUGGACGUGAAGGAUCAAUGUAUAGAUUAAAGAAAGAAAUUACACAAUUAUCCUAUAUUAUCAAAUCUGUUGAUGCAUUUUUAAACAUUACCACUCGUUUGGUUGUGUUAAUCGAUGGUCUUGAUGUUUGUGAACAGUCACGCAUUUUACAGAUCUUGGAUCAAGUGCAUGUACUGUUUACAAGAGAAAAUCAUCCUUUUAUCACGCUGCUUGUUGUUGAUCCACAUAUGAAAAUAGUUGAAAGUAUUCCAGCAGUUUCAGGCGAUUCAUCACAACAUGCGCUAUAUGAUACAAACGUAAAUGGUCAUGAUUAUUUGCGUUCAAUUAUACAAUUACCAGUAUAUUUACAACUUAAUUUAACAAAAACCAAACAGUUAAAGAAAAAUGCUGACACCGGUUACUUAAAAAAGCGUGGAAAUGUCUCAACAUCUGAAUUGACACAUCAAUUGAUGCAAUCGGAUUAUUUUCUCGAUAUUAAUCCACGUAUUUUGCAACGUUUGAUAAAUAUUAUUGCAAUGACAGGACGGUUAUUACGGGCAUAUCAAGUUCUAUUCAGUUGGAAAAGAUUGGGUAGUUGGAUUUAUUUAACUGAACAAUGGCCUUAUCGAAUAUCUUGGAUUGUGGUGUGUUACGAAGAUCAUGAACAAAAUUUUUCCAAUGAUGAAUCACUUAAAGUUCUAUAUGAAAAAAUUCAACCAUUUAUACCACAAGCAAAUGAUCCAUUGUUGGAGCUUGAUCGUAAUCCAAGAAAAUUUGAACUUUUCUUAGAAUGCAGUGAACCUGUUUUAACAAUGACUGAUUUAAAAUUAUUUUUACCAUGUACAUGCAAUUUGGACCCGUAUCUAUCAAAAUUAAUUCGAGGUGCUUUAAUUGAAUUGUCCAUUGAUUGUUUCAAUAAGUCACCUUCUUAUUGGUAUGCAACAAAUCCUCAUAGUCAAACUGCAAACACUGAUAUAUUUAAAAAUUUUAACGAGGCCAAUAUUCCAUUGCGUACAACAACUCAACAACAUCAACGGUCUGGUGUAGCAAAAAGAAGAGGGUCUGUGUCUGUUCCGUUUAAUCCAAAAUUUGGAUGUCCAAGUCCAUCAAACGAUUCAAAUCGUUUUUAUCAAGCCCAAAAUACGUCACAUACAAUGAAUGAUCAAGCGUAUUUUUCUAAAAAUCGAUAUAAUCGCUCUCAUAUGAGAUUAUACGAGGAUCCCAAUGUAUCAUCUUCAACGUCUUCCGUUCCUCAUCAACAAGCAAACGUUACAGAAUUAUCAACAACUGAUGGCACUGUUAAAUUGGAUAUGACACCGAUGUUAAGUCAGAUGAGUGUUAGUGAUAUUUGUGAUUCAAUCAAAACUAAUAUUGAUGGACUAAAACCAUCUAUGAUUCCGAUUUAUGUUCAAGAUAUGGAGGAAAAUAAUAUAUCUGGACAAGUAUUAACUUCGUGCGAUUUAGAUGACUUAAGACAGGCUAUUUCGAUGACAUUUGGAGACUGGGUAUUGUUUACAAAUUGGGUUCGAAUAAAACGUGAUCACGAACGACGUUCUCAAUUUCGUGUACAACAGCACCAACAACAAGUAAAUAUCAAUGAUAAUAAAUCGAUAAUAAAUGAUUCAUACGAUGAUUAUGAUCUGUAUGCUGAAAAGAACGUUCUUAGUGCUGCUCUCUCACGCUUAUUAUCACCAUCAUCCACCAUACCAGCAAACGGUGGAACGAAUCUUCUUGAUGAAAAUGAUGUGUUAAUAUCAACAAGGCCAUCCUCUUCUGAUUAUGUUGUAACUGAUAAAAAAAAUGUCAAAUUUUUUAUACCGUUAAGUCGUUCAGGAGUGACAUCAAAUGAAGACACAAUUGGUGUUAUUGAGUCAACAAGUCGAAGAAUAGCGCAUGUCAAAGAUUUAUUUUCUUAUAAUAAUACAUUGCAACCAUCAAUAACAAUAUCGAAGAUUGGUACUGAAAAUCAUCGACAAAGAGAUGAAAGGCAAAUAGACGAAGAACCAUUACUUAGAGAAUCAAAUGUCGAUGAACAUCAUGAGCAGAAUGAAAAUGUAGGUGAGACCGACGAUGCUGAAGAUGAUUCGUAG